AUGGAGUCAACAACGACUCACCCGUUGUUCAAUUGGGAUGUAUCCACCGAUACACCGGUAACACAAGUGGACAACGAUACAGUCGGAUGUCGGCCUUUUCCGUUGCUGGAACAGUUCGGUCGUGGGUACGGUCAAAUUCAUGGCUACGUCGCCCUCAUUCUAUGCCCCUUGGGUGUCCUCUCCAACAUAUUUAACGUCAUAGUUUUGAAUCAACCUAGUAUGGUUUCCCCGAUCAAUUUCCUUCUCACGGCAUUGGCUAUUUGCGACGGUUUGCUAAUGACCUCCUACGUCCCGUUCGCAGCAUACUUUCUUGUCGGCAAUCAUAUGACUGCAGCAAGUUACGACUGGGCAGUGUUCAUGUUGGUACAUAUCAAUCUGCAAAACCUACUCCAUUCAGCUUCCAGUAAUAUUGUGGUUGUGCUAGCGUCAUUCCGUGUCCUAUAUGUUCGAUAUCUGAUGAGAUGUCAGGAGUUAUGUUCUAUGCGCCGUGCACAAAUUGCUGUCAUGAUUGUCCUGACAGUUAGCACAUUGUUGACUAUCCCGUGUGCCGUAUCCCACCACAUCGUUAGGAGUGUUGGAGAAGAAGGCGAAUCGCUCAAACCGUCCGAAUCAUACAUGGUGACCUACAUUGACAAUCCCACCCUCAUUGGGUAUUUAUACUGGAAUACCGCGAUAUUCAUUAAACUAUUGCCACUUGUUGCGCUCACAAUUCUCAGUCUGAUCAUAAUAAUCACGAUCAAGAAAAAGAAUGCGAAAAUGCGGCGCUUGAAAUCUCCUCGAGUCUGUUCCAGUAUUUUAUCAGAAGUUAAUGUGAAUUCAUCCACAAACGGGCGCAAACUUAGCGUACCGGUUGACCCUGAAAUGGAAACUGUUGAUCGUACCCUGCUAUCGGCGGAGGACAGCAAACGUGUCACAUCCGAGUCCGUCAAACGAACAUCCAGUGUGUUGAGUUCUCGACAAUCGAGCAGCAUGGUGGAACGAGACAAAUCGGAGACACGAAUGACACGACUGUUACUCACUGUGGUCUUGAUAUUCAUGAUAGCACUUCUUCCUCAGGUGAGUCAGUUUGUCAAAUUGAAACAAAAUUGCUGA